AUGAUCCCUGGGUCAGUAAGGCUGGCGUACGAUCAGGUUGACAGAUUUGUGCAAGGUCAUUACGGGCUAAAGGCCUCCAAAGAUCGAAAGGAAAUCAUCCAGAACUUGUUGUUCGUGCGCCUAAUGGGGUUUGCGGCAAUCUACACGGACCUGGGUAACCCUUUGUGUUACAACAGACGACCCUCUUAUGCAUCAAAGCUGCUGCAGAGGGUCAUCGUUGAGUCACGCGUCCAAACACUGACAGAGAAUUUCGACUUGCAAGCACUGACGCCAGCAGUGGUAGUUUUUGAUCCGACCACCACGCAGAGGAUGGAAUCCGUCCGAGAGCAGUGGGAAGCAGGGAACCCAGGUCUUUUGCUGGAGGCGGUGGAGCAUUACACUGAGGGGCAGGAGACAGAGUUCUUCACAAUUGUGGGGAACCACUCCACCCAAGCGCAUGUCAAUUGCUCCACGAAGGACCCCAGCAUCAAGUUGAGGCGUGCCACAUUUGUGUUCUUCAGUGGCCAACUUACUGAUGACGACUUCCGGUUCAUUAGUCGGACAGAGAACAUGUCCGUACAGAGAGCGGCAAGCACAACCACCUACAAAGACCACACUGAGCCCCUGAACAUCAUUCCCUUCAUUUGCGAGUACUGGAAGCAGUUUGGAAGACCGCCAAGGCCGCAGUCCUCAAGGAAGAAGAAUCGGACCAAAGCAGAGCCAGACUAUGCAGAUUUUCAAACCCUUCUACAUGCCGUCCUUGAGCCUCAAGUAGGGGAAAGUACCGAAAAGGAUGAGAAGGAACUGCAGAAGAAGAUGCAAGCCAUCAAAACCAAGUACCAAGCGCUGAAGCAAAAAGCCGUAAAGGACGUGAAAGAAGCACAAGCCCGGAAACAGAAAUUGAAAGAGUUUGAGGCGUCCGAGCGCAAGGCCUUGUCGGAGGCACAAAGGGACCUUGGCGUCAUCCGGUACUUUCAUGCGGACUUGAACAUUGCCAUGCUGCCAGACGAUGCUUACGUUUUGCUGAUGAAUGUCAUGAAGCAGCUGGACAAUGGCAAAAUGUGUGGGAUUAAGGAGGGAAUCAAAGCUGAGCAGGUGCACGUAAGGCGCCACCAUUACAAGGGCAUCUCGUGCUUCUCCAUUGGUUUCUACUUGGACACCUUCGAAGCGCUGCUCGACCCCCGAACCCAAGACGACUUAGUUGCAACCGUUGCUAGGGUCAGCAACCCAAGAGAGAGUGUGCCCAACUG